AUGAAAACGAUUUUUCACAUUAGUUUAUAUGCCAUUGUAGGGUUGUUGGGCAUAGCUUCCGCCGUGUCUGAUGAAAACAUGCCUGUUAUGUCGAAUAAUGAAGAAUUUACAAGUGAUGUCACACUGAGUGAUCUGUGCAAGAAGAUUGAUUUUUCCCAAGCUUUCAGAAAGGAAAAACCGCUAGAUUUUCUUAUAUGCAAUGAUGGAAAAAACAUAUUCAAUGUUCUGUAUGCAAUAAGCAGCCACUUCUCGUCUGAGGGAAACAUGGCGAGCUGGGAGCGUAUAAAACAUGAUCUAUUUUAUUUGACAAAAGAUCUCCCGUAUUUUGUCAAUAGUGAUGGGCACAGCCAUGAGUUGCUUAUUGAGAAGCUGCAGAACGACUUUGCAGGCGACGAGUCAGGCUUGCUUAUGAAUCUUAUGCAAGCUACGCACAUAAAAGGCGAAUCCAAACACACUAUUUUUCGCCGGAUGGAGGCGGUUCGGGCGCUGGGCGAUCUAUACAGCGAACACUACGAGCCAAACUGCAUUCUCCCGGCCGAUCUCUUUUUAGAGAUGCUGUACGUCCAUGGGAUGCUGACCAUAAACGUUUUCGACCCGAAGGUUCCGUGCCGCAGAGUGAUGGACACUUUUCUGUACAACCUUGGGAAGUGGAUAGAUUACACAUUAGAGCUGGGUGAUCUGCGCCUGGUAAAUGUGUUUCAAGAAUACAGCAAAAAAGUCUACCCAAUCGAAGAUAUGCCGUUAAAUAUAUGGGAUUUCCAUAAUUGUGUCGAAUUGAUAUACGCACGCACAAAUUCUAUAAGUUUAAACGCGAUCGUCACGGUUAAGUUUUUACUGGAGAUUGCUGAAUGGCCUUUUUUGGCGAUGUUCAGUCUUUGGAAUACCCUUAAAGAGAUCAUGCCUUAUUUUGCCUUAAAUACACAUGCUAUUGACCGGGCAAACCUACAGAACCUCUGCGAAGCAUUGAGUCAUAUAUUUGAUGCAGAACCCUAUAGUCUUUCCCAAAACUAUGCCAACAGCGUCUGCAAAAACAAGCACACCUUGGAAAUUUUCUACACAGAAAGAAGCACGCCCAAACUUCUCUACACGCCCAUGGAAUAUCUCCACCCUCUUAUUCGAUACAUGAACAAGAACAAUCUGGAAAUAUGCAUAGAAAAAAACAACGUGGCAGACAACUGGUGUGAAAGGAUGGCAGAUCCCAACAUAUAUAAAGAUACCCGCAGCACAAUGCCAACUGUAAUGCCUAUAUCAAUAUCGCUCAAACAAUGUGCAGAGUCUGGCUGCAAGAAACGUCUCUCGCUUAAGAAGAUAGAAAAAAUCCUAGACGCCACGGAAAUAUAUGUAAGCCUUGAAGACGGCUGCAUACCCCAUUUAACCCAUCUGGAAAAAACUAUUUUUAGAGACAUUAAUGUGUACAUCGCAGACAAAAAAACCUACGGGGUGUACGACUGUGCAAAGAAAAACAUGCUAACGCUUGAAGACGUGGCCGACAAUAGGAUAGAGAAUUAUCUGGGGAAAAGCGACUCUAUGCAUAUUUCUUCCUAUAUUCCUAUGUGUGUCUACAUGUUUUUUAACUUUUUGUGCGCCACUGGCAUCGGCAUAUCCAGCUUUGGCCUGCUAUCCCUUAACCUAUACAUGUUAAUUCUCAAGAUCAGUGGCGUGCCAUACCUAAUAGUCGCACAUCGGAUUUUCCGGUUUUUCUACUGGGUUCAGGCCAUUUCAAGCAUAGUGAUUUAUGCGAGCGGAUGGACUCUUUUGAUAAACCAGGCAUAUGCAGGAGCACCUCUUGCCACAAUCUCCAUGCUUUUAUAUGCCUCUACCGGAGUAAUGGCCAUUUUUGGAAUGCUUUUCACGCCAAACACCAAGCUAAUUUUUUCGCGAACAAAACUCUCAAGCGAAAAAAGAAGAAUCAUCCGGAAUGGCUUCUUCCUAGCAUUUUGCAUAAUCGGGGGCAUGAUAGCUGCCCUGAUGGCAGAUGGGGGACGGAAAGCCCUAGAAUUUAUCUAUAACUGUAAGCUUGUGUAUAUUAUGUGCAUGUACCAGUAUACAUAUAUUACUUUUUGCGACAUCCUAGAGAAAGACCUGCCCCAACCUAACAACUUACCAAACAAUGUUUUUGGAAUAUUCUGGAAUGUUGUCUUGCACGGGCACAGGAUUAGAUGGUGGUCUUUUGAUGCAUUCAUACUGUAUGUCACAGUGAUAGGCAUGUUUUUAGUGUCCAGUAUGGCCAGCAAGCACCUGAGCAUCAACCUAGUUGUUCCUAGCAAAUUAAUGCUCAGAAACUUCCUCCCAAAAAACUUUCAGCUCCAUGGCUUCUAUGCUUCACGCCAUCUUGACAAAGUCUGCUCGAUUCCCCAGUGA